AUGUUUUCUAAUAUCUCCAAAUCCUUGCUAUGCUGCACAAACGCUAUAGGCCCGAAUCGGGCUCUUGCGUACGCACUGACCAAGUGUCCAGUGUUCCUAGAACCACCUCUAUCACAAUGCCGGAACUACCACGAAGUAACUGGCGACAUUGUCUGUCCGAACAUGGUUCGAGGCAUCGACCAUCUAAGAGACCCUCGGCUCAACAAGGGUCUUGCAUUUACUCUAGAGGAGCGUCAAGCCCUCGGAAUCCACGGUCUUUUAGCAGCCAAGUUCAAAACGCAAGAAGAACAGCUGGAUAUUUGCAGGAUAUCUAUUGACCGAUACGAGGACAACCUCAACAAAUACCUCUACCUCGUUGAGUUACAGGAUCGAAAUGAGAAAUUGUUUUUCCGUCUUCUGUCGGAGAAUGUGGAGAAGUAUCUUCCAAUUGUGUACACUCCGACUGUCGGACUCGCUUGCCAACGAUUCGGUCUCAUCUAUAGAAGACCUAGAGGCCUCUUUAUUACCAUAAACGAUAAGGGGCACGUAUUUAAUAUACUUAAAAACUGGCCAGAGCCAGACGUAAGAGCCAUCGUAUUUACGGACGGCGAGCGUAUAUUGGGUCUUGGUGAUCUGGGCGCGUAUGGUAUGGGCAUUCCCGUGGGAAAGUUGUCUUUGUACACCGCCUUAGCUGGAAUUAAGCCUCACCAGUGCCUACCCAUCACAUUGGAUGUGGGAACAGAUAACCAGGAUCUAUUAGAAGACCCACUAUACAUCGGGCUUCGUCAAAGGCGCGUGCGAGGCAAGGAGUACGAUGAAUUCAUUGACGAGUUCAUGGAGGCGUGCGUACAGAGAUAUGGACAGAACACAUUACUCCAGUUCGAGGACUUUGCGCUAGGCAACGCUGGUCGUUUGCUAGCGAAGUACCGCAACAAGUACUGCACCUUCAAUGAUGACAUCCAGGGCACGGCUAGUGUGGCCGUCGCCGGUUUGAUGGCCGCCAUUAGGGUGACAAAGCGGAAACUCAGUGAAAAUAUCUAUUUCUUCCUUGGUGCUGGAUCUGCUGCCAAUGGUAUUGCAAAUUUGACAGUUGCUGCUAUGGUCGCCGAAGGUCUUACCAAGGAACAAGCCCAGGACAGAGUUUAUAUGUUUGAUGUCGACGGUCUGCUAUCGACAAGAAGGGAAGGAGGCGUACCUGAACACGCCAAGGCAUUUGGAAAGAACAUUGCGCCUGAGAAGAGCUUUGAGGCUUGUAUAGCGAAGAUCAAGCCUAGCUGUCUUAUUGGGUGUUCGACGGUAGGUGGCGCUUUCAAUGAAAAUGUGUUGAGGCAGAUGGCCCAGAACAUUGAGCGCCCAGUUAUCUUCGCGUUGUCCAACCCCACUAGUAAAGCGGAAUGUACCGCCCAGGAUGCAUACAACUUUACUGAUGGUCGUUGUAUCUUCGCAUCUGGAUCUCCCUUCCCCCCUGUACAAUACGACGGUAAAGAGUUCCACACAGGUCAAGGAAAUAACUCGUACAUUUUCCCCGGAAUCGCGUUAGGCGUCAUUGCGACUGCUACUCAUCACAUACCCGAGACUAUGUUCCUUACUGCUGCAAGGACUCUAGCAAAUUACGUUAGCGAAUCGGACUUAGCGCUUGGACGCAUCUAUCCCUCUCUCUCGGAAGUCAAGGAGGUUUCUCUCGCUAUUGCAAUUGAAGUCGCUAAGAUGGCGUACGAUGAAGAGUGUGCAUGCGCCUACCCAAAGCCGGUCGAUUUCAAACGUCACAUACAAAUACGUCAAUACAACUGCCAUUACGAGCCCCAGCUAAACAAACUAAGGAUAUAUUUUAUAUACAUUUUUACAGGACUCGCCUCCGUAUACCCCGAGCCGAAGGACCUUUCAAAACAUGUCUCAAGUAUGAUGUACAGCUUCCACUACGAGAGCUCCAUGCCCGUUGUCUGGGAUUGGAAACCCGAAGAGAAAUUCAACGUAAGACCCGUUCAACCUGUGCCCAAAAAUAUUUAA